AUGAAGGGGACGGGAAAAGACCAAGAUGAGAACAUGGCAAAAAUGGUAAUAACUGCAUUUCGCCGUCUGGACGACAAGACCGGCGUGUCUGCCAUUGAUAUCACGAAGUAUUUGCAGGACAAAUUUGGCAAUGUUUGGAGCACUUAUAACUUAACUAGGCGGGCAGAGGAGACAUUAAAGUGGAGUGCGGCUUUAGGGUUUCUUAAUAAACGCGGUAACCGGUAUUUGGAAAACUUUGCCCAUGAAAUGUGUCGCUGUCGUAAAAGUUGCCUACGUAGACGCCCUAGGAAACGAUGCUGUGGACGCAGGCGACGCUGA